AUGCAUCGGUAUAGAGACGAGCUAGAGAGAUUCGCUCAACGUCUAGACCUAGAAACCCCUAGUGAAAUUCUAUCUGACUCGUCUUCUACGUCUCCGUCUUCACACUCGUCGUUGGAAUUUGCAAUGGCACAACACGAGGAAGUUCAGCAGAGGACGUUGCAAGAUUAUCUGCACCCAACGCGCACGGCCACCACAUCGUGCAUCAUGUUCCUGCCAAAUGCACUGCCUACGGAUUUUAAGCCGGGCAUGAUUGCACUUCUCCCAACCUUUCACGGAUUAGAGAACGAGAAUCCAUAUGUACACAUCCGGGAGUUUGAAGAGGUGGUGGCCACCUUUCACAGCCGUGCUGAGGCUGCAAACAUCGUCAGGUUGAAGUUUUUCCCUUUCUCUCUGAAGGACAAGGCCAAAAGCUGGCUGUAUUCUCUUAGGCCCAAGUCUAUUGAUCUGUUAAAUCUGUGUCCCCACCAUGGAUAUGAAAGUUGGCGCCUCGUAAGCUAUUUCUACGAUGGACUCACAAUCCGAGAGCGCCAAUUUGUUGAGAUGAUGUGCAAUGGAGAAUUUCUCCAAAAGGAUCCUGACGAAGCUAUCGAGUACCUGAACGAGUUAGCUGAGAAAGCUCAUACUUGGACUGGACCGAGUGCUACUGAGAGCACCAGUAGGUCCCGAGCAGUUAGAGUUUAUCAAUUAAGGGAAGAGGACAGCCUCAAGGCCCAAGUUGAGGCUUUGACGAAGCAAAUCGAGGUCCUCAAAAGUAAAGAUAGUAAAGGACCCCACAUGGUAGCAAGGACAGAGGCACAUGAGCCCUGUUUCGUUUGUGGUGGAAUGGGCCAUCUGGCUCAAGAUUGUCUCACUUUUGGUGAAAUGAGAGGGGUAUACAAGGAGCAGUGCAAUGUAUUGGGCACAUACAAUAAGCCUAAUGGACCUUUCUCAAACACUUAUAAUGAUAGCUGGAAACACCACCCAAACUUCAGUUGGAGAGAUCCAAACCAACAUGCACAAUCAUCUGGAGGGCAAUGGAAAUCAGAGCAACAAUCUCAACCACCAAGGACAUAUUUUGCGCCUCAGAAUAACAUGCAGCCGAAAGGGAAUUCUCUAGAGGAUACCCUAAAAGCUUUUAUGGAUGCGCAAAAUAAGACAAAUCAAAGAGGUGAUUCAACGCUCACGCAGCUGGUGGAAGAGAACAAGGAAAUAAAAAGUCAGAUCACAAAGCUGACAGAAGCUUUAACCGUUCAAGAGCAUGGUAGAUUUCCAUCACAAGCCUAG